GAAAGGAGAGGAGGUCACAUACGACGGGAGGUCUUUGAUUAUCAAUGGAACCCGAAGGAUUCUGUUCUCUGGCUCUAUUCAUUAUCCUAGAAGCACGCCUGAGAUGUGGCCAGCUCUCAUAAGCAAAGCGAAACAAGGAGGCAUUGAUGUUAUACAAACCUAUGUAUUUUGGAACGUACAUGAGCCUGUUCAAGGACAAUAUAAUUUUCAAGGUAGAUAUGAUUUGGUGAAAUUUAUUAAAGAAGUUAGAGACCAAGGUUUGUAUGUAAGCCUUCGGAUCGGUCCAUUCAUUGAAUCAGAAUGGAAAUAUGGAGGUUUCCCGUUUUGGUUGCGUGAAAUCCCCGGAAUUGUCUUUCGAUCAGAUAAUGAACCUUUCAAGUACCACAUGCAAAAGUUCAUGACAAUGAUCGUCGAUAUGAUGAAAUCCGAAGGUCUAUACGCUUCUCAAGGAGGACCAAUUAUACUCUCUCAGGUUGAGAACGAAUACCAAAUGGUCGAGCCUGCAUUUCAUGAGAAGGGACCGCCGUAUGUUAGUUGGGCCGCAUCGAUGGCUGUUGGCCUUCAAACUGGCGUGCCUUGGAUGAUGUGCAAGCAACAAGAUGCACCUGAUCCGGUGAUUAAUACUUGCAAUGGAAUGAAAUGUGGAGAAACUUUUCCAGGGCCGAACUCGCCUAAUAAGCCUGCACUAUGGACAGAGAAUUGGACCUCUAUGUAUCAAGUAUAUGGAGAGGAACCUUACAAAAGAACAGCGGAAGAUAUUGCUUUUAAUGUUGCACUAUUUAUAGCAGCAAAGAAUGGAAGCUUUGUAAACUAUUACAUGUAUCAUGGAGGAACCAAUUUCGGAAGAUCUGCCUCUUCAUAUGUAAUAUCAAGUUAUUACGACGAUGCCCCUCUUGAUGAAUAUGGUUUAAUCAGGCAACCAAAAUGGGGACAUCUAAAGGAAUUGCAUUCUGUAAUAAAGGAGUCCUCUGAUACAUUACUUUUUGGAGCAUAUUCUAGUUCUCAACUUGGCCAACUACAAGAGGCACAUGUUUUUGAAACAGAAAAAGGAAACUGCGUCGCCUUUCUUGUUAACAAAGAUCAACAUGUUGAUGCAACUGUACAAUUCCGAGACGUCACUUAUGACUUGCCUAGAACGUCGAUUAGUAUUCUAUCAGGCUGUAAAAAUGCAUCCUUUAAUACUGCAAAUGUGAGAUCUCAGUAUGGUUUGAGAGCAGCAAAAACAGUACAGGAAUUAGACAAUGCAGAUGCCUGGGGAGCAUUCAUGGAUGGGAUCCCGAACAUUGAUCAAGUGCCGCGCAAAGAAAAUGGUCUCUCAGAACAAUUUGCCACAACUAAAGAUGAGACAGAUUAUUUGUGGUACACUGUCAGCCACAACCACAACUCAAGUGAUGAUCAACAACACGUACUUCGCGUCACUUCAAAAUCUCACGUUAUACACGCGUUCGUAAAUGAUGUAUUUGCUGGAAGCGUACAUGGGAGUCACAAACAACAGGAAGCCACAAUUCUUGAGGCUCCUAUUUCAUUAAAGCAGGGACAGAACACAAUCUCGAUAUUGAGUGCCAUGGUUGGAUCACCGGACGGCGGGGCAUAUUUAGAGAGACGAGCUGCUGGUCUCCGCAGUGUGAAGGUUUUUAACAGUGCGAACCAAAGUGUAGAUCUCAGCGACGACCAAUGGGGAUACCAGGUUGGUUUAACUGGGGAGCAAGCAAAAAUUUACACUGAAGAAGGAUCAACAAAAAAGGAUUGGCAAACAAUUGAGAGCUCUCUUAAUCAACCACUUGUAUGGUACAAGACUACUUUUGAUAAUCCCUCUGGUUCCAAUCCGGUAGCACUCAAUCUCUCUAGCAUGGGUAAGGGUGAAGCAUGGAUCAAUGGAGAAAGCAUCGGACGCUAUUGGGUCUCUUUCAAAGAUCCCAAUGGACAACCUUCUCAAUCUCUGUACCAUAUCCCUCGAGCCUUUAUGAAGCCUUCAAAUAACCUCCUUGUUCUCCUCGAGGAAAUGGGUGGAAACCCCAAAAAAAUAACUGUAAAUACUGUAUCAGUUAAUCUAGUAUGCAGUAAGGUAUCGCAAUCGAAUUCAUCGUACAUAUCAUCACGGAAAGGACACCAAAAGUUUCAUAUCCGAUGUCAUGAAGGAAGAAGCAUAUCGGGUAUAGAGUUUGCGAGCUAUGGAAGCCCUACAGGAGAUUGUGAGAGCUAUUCCUUGGGAAGUUGCCACUCAUCAGCAUCAAAAUCUGCUAUAGAAGAGGUCUGCAUUGGCAAAAGGCGCUGCACUGUCCCUCUAUCCGCUGGAAGAUUUGGAGGAGACCCGUGCCCGGGCACCUCAAAAUCUCUAAUAGUUGUUGCAAAUUGCAGUUGAUCAGAGAUGAGAAUCAUUCUUGGGGCAGAACCCCAUCGAUCUCAGAUACUUGAUACAGAAUACAAGCUAUAGCGUGAACUGUAGAUUGUAAACUUCAUUUGUUAUACAAGCCAUCAACAAGAGUGAGUGAGUAGCGAUUGCCUAUCAAAUGUAACAGGGAGGAAAAGGAAUUGUAGAACACAUUUCAUUGUACUGGUCAAUUAAUUAGAUUAAUGAAAGUUUUAUUUGGAUA